CAGACAAGACUGUAACUCUGAAGAGAGUCCAUUUGCAGCGAAGCCAGCAGCAGGAGCCUUGCCCCGCCCGUCUCCUCCUCCUCCGACGAUUGGAGUCACCUGCAACCGAUCGAAUCGCUCAGAAGAAAGCAAUGGCGGCCUCGGAUGAGAUUGAAUCAGUGUCGCUGCGGUACCUCUCCGGUCUGGGCAACAGCUUCUCGUCGGAGGCGGUGGCGGGGUCGCUCCCCGUGGGGCAGAACAGCCCGCUGGUGUGCCCGCUGGGGCUCUACGCCGAGCAGCUCUCCGGCACCUCCUUCACCACCCCGCGGGCCAGCAACCUGCGCACGUGGCUGUACCGGAUCAAGCCGUCGGUGACCCACGAGCCCUUCCACCCCCGGGAAGACAAGGGCCGCCUCGUCGGGGAGUUCGACCGCGCAACAACCGUCGCCACGCCCACGCAGCUGCGAUGGAGGCCCACCGAGGUGCCCCUCGACCGGCCCCUCGACUUCAUCGACGGCCUCUACACCGUCUGCGGAGCCGGGAGCGCAUUCCUCCGCCACGGAUACGCCAUCCACAUGUACGCUGCUAACAAGUCCAUGGACGGAUGCGCCUUCUGCAACGCAGAUGGUGAUUUCCUCAUUGUUCCCCAGCAAGGAAGGUUGUUCAUCACAACCGAAUGCGGAAAGAUGCUAGUUUCACCCGGUGAGAUCGUUGUGAUUCCUCAAGGCUUCCGCUUUGCCGUUGACCUGCCUGAUGGCCCCUCACGUGGCUAUGUGUCUGAGAUUUUCGGCGCCCACUUUCAGCUCCCUGAUCUUGGCCCCAUCGGUGCCAAUGGUUUGGCUUCACCAAGGGAUUUCCUUUCCCCCACGGCAUGGUUUGAGCAGGCCCACCGACCUGGAUACAUGAUAGUGCAGAAGUAUGGUGGUGAGCUAUUCACUGCCACGCAGGAUUUUUCUCCCUUCAAUGUGGUUGCAUGGCAUGGGAAUUAUGUCCCAUACAAGUAUGAUUUGAGUAGGUUCUGCCCAUUUAAUACCGUCCUAUUCGAUCAUGGUGACCCUUCGGUAAACACAGUGCUUACCGCGCCGACCGAUAAGCCUGGCGUGGCGUUACUUGAUUUUGUAAUAUUCCCACCUAGGUGGCUGGUUGCUGAAAACACAUUCCGCCCUCCAUACUACCACCGCAACUGCAUGAGUGAGUUCAUGGGCCUCAUCUAUGGGAUGUACGAGGCUAAGGCUGAUGGUUUUCUUCCCGGGGGUGCUAGCCUUCACAGCUGCAUGACGCCACAUGGGCCAGACACCAAGACAUACGAGGCGACGAUCAGCCGAGCUGAUGCCAGCACGGAGCCAUUCAGGCUCAGCGGCACGCUGGCGUUCAUGUUCGAGUCUUCGCUGAUCCCUCGCGUGUGCAGGUGGGCUCUUGAUUCCCCGUGCCGAGACCUUGAUUACUACCAAUGCUGGAUUGGAUUGAAGUCCCACUUCUCACAUGACAAUAAUGCUGGAUUGGAUGAGAAAGAUUAGUUAGCUGCAGCUUAUCAUCUAUAUGUUGCAUUACAUUACAUGCAGACCCGAUGGAGCUGUCAUGUAUAAUCGAUCCAUCUGUAAUAAGCUGCUGCAGUCCGUAGAGUACUCGGUGCCUAUGUAACAGAAGCAAGCAGUUAGCUAGCUGAUGUGCAGAUAGAUUGAAUAAUUGACGGAAUGUGAUAUUUAGAUGUAGCUGUCGAUUUCA